AUGACUUUUUUCACGCUUGCCACGCUAUCAACCCCGGAAGGUCUGACCGCCGCUAUCGGGGUUGGCGACAAAUACUAUCCGCUAAGCCAAACGCAACAAUUCCAACAUGCGACGGUCAUGUCUCUGCUUGAGGAUUGGACUCGAUCCCUGACGACGCUAGAGACGCUCGCCGAGGAGGCCCAGGCCGGCAAACUCUCGCACAGUAUUUCCGCCAGCGAUGCCAUCUUGGAGACCCCAGUCCGGUAUCCCAACAAGGUGGCGUGCGCGGGAGCCAAUUUCACCGGCCAUCUGAAAGAAAUGGGCUUCACUGAUCUGAGCAAAUGGGACAUUCUCCCCGUCUUUCUCGCUCCGCCAACGACGACGCUGGUCGGACCAGGGACGACCGUCAAAAUUCCGCGCACGACGAAAGAAUUCGACUGGGAACUCGAGAUGGUGGUGGUGGUAGGCCAACGACUGAGACAUGCUUCACGGGAAGAAGCAGCCGCCGCCAUCGCAGGUUACAUGGUCGGCCUGGAUCUCUCGUGUCGGGACCUCGCCAUAUGUGACAACCAGCUGAAGAUCGACUUCAUGCGCGGCAAGCUGCAGGACACCAUGAAGCCCGCUGGUCCCGUCUUCGUGCCAGCCAAGUUUGUUCCCAACCCGGAUGACCUCAGAAUGACCCUCCUUGUAAAUGACAGGAAGAUGCAGGACGCGUCGACAAACGAGAUGCUGUACAAGUGUGACGAGAUCGUGUCCGUUAUCAGCAGUCACGUCACCCUGGAGCCGGGCGAUCUCAUUUACACCGGCACUCCCAGCGGCCAGGCGAAAUCCCAUGGUGGGGCCUGGCUCAAGGCUGGGGACAGAAUAUCUGCCCGAAUCGAGGAUAUCGGGGAGCUCAAUGUCACGCUCAAGUCCGAUGAUUAA